GGCGACCUGAUUGGUCACUGCUGAGAAAGUGACAGUUUCUUUGGUUACUGCCCCGACGGUCAAACAACACACGGUGGCAUUGGUUCGUUUCACAUGUCUGCUGAUACCGGUUUAGGGUAUCUAAUGCUUUCGUAACAUAUAAUUGCUCAGCACUGAAAUUGUGUUUCUUUUAACUUUUUUUUCCUGCGGUGUUAUCAGGGGCUUUUCGAGCCUAAUCAAACAGCACACAUAGCUAUAGCCAUCUUUACGUCCAUAGCUAAGGUUUAAGAGAAGCUAAGGUUAGCUAGUCGCUCAGUCGCACUGACGUUACAAUGGGAUUGGAAAAUAAAGAAAAUCUCACUAACGCGAAUAGUGAAGCUGGUAACUCCAGUGUUGAGCAAAAUUGCGAAACAGUAGACGAUGGCGUAAAAUGUUACACGUUAGAAGACGUAAGAGUACAUAAUAUGAGCAACGACACAUGGCUUAUCAUCCACGAUAAAGUAUAUGACAUUUCAAGUUUCCUUGAAGAGCAUCCAGGAGGUGAGGAGGUUUUACUGGAGCAGGCGGGUGCAGAUGCCACAGAGAGCUUCGAGGAUGUGGGUCACUCCUCGGAUGCCAGGGAGAUGCUCCAGCAGUAUUACAUUGGGGAGCUUCACGAGGAUGACAGAAAAAAGGACACUGCAAAGAAAGCAGAAGUCGCAAAGUCUGAGGGGAGCAGCAGCUCCUGGGCCAUUUGGUUGUUACCUGCUGUUGCUGUUGUUGUUAUUGGUAUCGUGUAUCGCUACUUCAUUUUUGAGCAGAGGUCCUCUUGAGUGGCGACGUCAUGUUUUCAUCCUCGUCUUUUCAUCUCGGAGGCCUUGAAAUGUUUGACCAAAACCUCCUCACCCUGGACACGUGCGGUAGUGUCAACGUCCUCAGCAGCAAGAAGAGUGGAGGGGUAGUUUGAUUAAGUGUUUUUGUCCUUAUCCGUCUACUUGGUGCACCAAAUAGAUAGUUGGGCAGAGACUUUAUGAAAUUGUCAGCCUUUGCUUUCUCCACUGUGCCAGUUGUCAUAAAUGUCACGUGUUGUCUUUACCCUAAACUUUCAUAUGCACGUUGUGCAGUUUGAAUCUUCAUUACGCCAGCUAUAGGUAGGCUGAAGGAGAGGUUAUGCAGGGCGAUGAUGAAGCGAGCCUCCAGCCUGUUUUUUUUCUUCUUCUUUUUUUAUUGGAUAAUAACUUGCAUAACCUCCAGUGCAUUUUCUUGGGUUUAAUAAAGUCAGAAUAGCCAGUUAGCUCUCAAUAAAAGGGUUUAUUUUAUUCACUCCUUUAUGCACAGUUCAGCUGUUAGGCAAUGCUUGAUUGCUUUUGUCACUCGGUUGCAAACUCAUGAUCUUUCCACUUUUAUGAAUGCAUUUUCAAGUCUGUGUUGGAUCCUUUUUGAAAAUCGCAGUUAAUUAUACUGCAUCAUUGAUUUGUUUUUGGAGUUGUCCCUUUCUGCCAAUGUUCUCUUUUCAGGAAUUUAUACACGUUCAAAUGACCUAAUCAUUUAAAUGUAGAGAGAAAUACAAUGCAACUUAUUACCCAGGUAUAAUAGAUGACAGGGAAUGACAGAAUACCCUUGAAAGAAAGUUCAUUUCUAUUUCAAGUUGUUAAUGUUCCCUCUGCUAUGCCGUUUGUUAUUUAACCAGUGCUUUUUCACAGCUUUUGUUCAUUGUAACGCAUCUGAACUUUAAGUUUUGGGUGAAUGGCACAAGCAGCUGAUUCAGCAGAGUUUAAAAUCUGGUCUGUGUUUCUUGUGUAGCAGCUUUGGCUAUAAUCAGUGGGUUUGGCAUUCGACCUAUAGAUGGGUAUCUUUCAGUCUACAUUUAGUUGUCUUUCCCUGUUUAAUGAUUAUUUGUGGCCUAUAUUUGUUAUUGGUUUGAUUUAUUAAACCUUUGUCAAGGUUGCUAAUUUGGUCUUGUUAAAUAUGUUUUGGUAAGCUUUCAAAUUCUUUAUUUAAAUUUAUUUCAUGGUAAUUAAAAAGUUUUUUCCAAAUAGAGACAAAUUGAUGUCAGCUGUCAUUUCAAAGGUUCUGAAUGAACUUGCUGCUAUUUUUACAUGCGAGUACAAAACUGCAGAUGUCAAAAAUAAGUUUGUUGAUUAUAAAAGAUAAGAUGAAUACAUGUCAUUGUUAUACAUUUUACCUGCCAUUUCCUUUCUUUGAAACUAUCAAUAAAAUGGGCCUUGACGUGCAA